AUGCCCGCCAAAGUCGAAGCAUUCGGCUCGGACCCCCCCUCCUCCCGCGGACACCUUUCCUCCCGCCUCCUCGGCCGGGCGGCCGACUUUGCUCCCUCGGCAGCAGCACCACCUGCACCGGCUGCAGCGCCGGCCACCGCUGCCGCCUCGACAGGGCAGGCCACCUCGGCGGCAGUGGUGAUCUUGCCGGUCGUUCCUCCAUCCGUCCAUCCACACCGCAUACCUGCACGCGACGCACAUGCGGCGUGCAUGGGUGCGUCGGUCGGUACACAGCCAUCCAUCCAUGUCUCCCCGGGCUCGGCGCUCCACGGGCCUCGCCGUGAGGUGCGUGUCCGGCGUGACGACGACGACGACGGUGGCAGCAGCAGCACGGCGGUGCCUGCGAGGACGAGCGGCGGCAGCAGAAGCAAAAGCACCAUCGGCCGCCGUCAUCCGGGAAAGGGGGGGGCGAGGGGGAGGGGACGCUGGCGUGGUGGUGGUGGUGGUGGUGGCGGCUGGCAUGGGCGGAGGGGGAGGCGAUUAUCGCUCAGGUUCAGGCGCCCCUGGGCGGCCGCUCCCCCUGAUGAGGACACCUUACGAGUACCUGCGGCAGCGACAACUUCAACACCAACACCCUUGCCAGGACCGUCUCCGUCCCCGUCUCCAACGCCAGCACCACACCGUCCUCGGCCGAUCCAGACCAUCACCGCCGCCGCACGCCGCGCACGGCAGACCGAGAAGCCCAUCGCCGCCGCCUCCGCCUCAGCGGCCGCCAACGCAGCGCUUCGCGUCCACCCGUUCCGUCACGACCAUCACCACCUCGACGCCUCCAUCUCGACGGCGCCCUCGGUCCUCCUCCACCUCGCACCCGUCCGCGGCCGCCUCCGCUCCCCGCCCGUCAGCAUGGGCUCCUCGCAGCAGCAGUCGCGCGACCACGGCGACCACGGCCACGGUCACGGCCACGGCCACCACCACCACCAUCACCACGACAACACCUACCUCAUCUCGGCCAACAAAAACGACUCGGGAGUGCGGAUAACGCGAAUCGGCCUGCUGUCCAACCUGGGCAUGGCCGUGGCCAAGUUCAUCGGCGGCUGGGCUUUCAACUCCAAGUCGAUGACGGCCGACGCGUGGCACAGCAUCGCCGACCUCGCCUCGGACAUUCUCACGCUCGCCACGGUUUCCUGGAGCCUCAAGCCGCCGACGGACCGGUUCCCCAUGGGCUUCGGCAAGGUCGAGAGCUUGGGCUCGCUCGGCGUCUCGGGCAUGCUGCUCCUCGGCGGCUUCUACAUGGGCUGGGAGAGCGCCAUCAGCCUCUUCGGCCACUUCAGCCCGGAGACGGCCCACAUCCUCGAGCACAUGGGCGGCGGCCACGGCCACGGCCACUCGCACUCGCACAGCGCCGCGAGCCUCGGCAUCCCGAGCAUACACGCCGCCUGGCUCGCGGCCGGCACGAUCCUGAUCAAGGAAUGGCUCUACCACGCCACCAUGAAGGUUGCGCGCGAGCGUAGGUCCUCGGUCCUGGCCUCCAACGCCAUCCACCACCGCGUCGACAGCCUCACGGGCUUCGUCACGCUCGCCGCCAUCCUCGGCGCCAACGUGUUCCAGAAGGCCGCCUGGCUGGACCCCGUCGGCGGCCUGCUCAUCUCCAUCAUGGUCGUCCAGGCCGGCUACUCGAACACGGUGUCGUCGUUCUGCGAGCUCGCCGACCAGAGCAUCGACGACGAGAUCAAGGGCGCCAUCCGGAAGCAGGCGCACAGGGCGCUCGCCAACAUUGAGCACGGUCACGAGGCCGAGCUCCGCGACAUUAGCGGCAUCAAGGCCGGGCAGAACUAUCUCAUCGAUCUCGAGGUGGCCGUGCCCGGCGCCUGGAAGGUCGAGAGCACCAAGGGCCUCGAGGACGCGGUCCGGACCCAAGUCGGCGGCAAGGUCCUGGGCGUGCGGCGCGUCCGGAUCCGCUUCGUGUCGCGGGAUGCACCCGUCGGCAAGGGUUUCGACGAGUUCAUCCCCGGUUCCGUCCAGAGGGAGGCGGACCCGGAGCGACGCGAGAACGGCGAGGAGGACGAGGAGGACGAGCCCGACCAACCCGACGAGCGCAAGCGCAAGUGA